GGACCAGAUCCUCUGGACUACGUUAGCAUGUACAGAAACCUGGGAAACCCAGCGCUGAAUGUUCCUGAGCACUGGCACUAUGUCAGCUUUGGGUUAAGUGACUUGUAUGGAGACAACAGAGUACAUGAGUUUACAGGAACAGAUGGACCAAGUGGUUUCGGAUUUGAGUUGACAUUUCGACUAAAGAGAGAAACGGGGGAGUCGGCACCACCUACCUGGCCAGCGGAGUUAAUGCAAGGCUUAGCCAGAUAUGUCUUCCAGUCAGAAAACACCUUCUGCAGUGGUGACCAUGUAUCAUGGCACAGCCCUUUGGACAACAGUGAAUCUAGAAUCCAGCAUAUGUUACUGACAGAAGACCCUCAGAUGCAGCCAGUGCAGACCCCUUUCGGGGUUGUUACUUUUCUACAGAUUGUUGGGGUUUGCACUGAGGAACUGCAUGCCGCUCAGCAGUGGAAUGGGCAAGGGAUCUUGGAACUGCUUCGGACUGUCCCGUUAGCUGGAGGCCCCUGGUUGAUAACAGAUAUGCGAAGAGGAGAGACAAUAUUUGAGAUUGACCCACAUCUGCAAGAGAGAGUCGACAAAGGGAUUGAGACAGAUGGCUCAAAUCUGAGUGGAGUGAGUGCCAAAUGUGCCUGGGAUGAUCUCAGCCGGCCUCCGGAGGAUGACGAAGACAGCAGGAGCAUUUGCAUUGGGACCCAGCCGCGGCGGCUCUCCGGGAAAGAUACAGAGCAAAUCAGGGAGACUUUGCGGAGAGGGCUUGAGAUCAACAGCAAACCUGUUCUACCUCCGAUAAAUGCACAAAGACAGAAUGGGUUGAACCACGACCGAGCACCAAGCCGUAAGGACAGUUUAGAAAGCGAGAGCUCAGCAGCUAUCAUUCCUCAUGAGCUAAUCCGCACGAGACAACUGGAGAGCGUACACCUGAAAUUUAACCAGGAGUCCGGAGCUCUGAUUCCCCUCUGUCUAAGGGGAAGGCUCUUACAUGGACGGCACUUUACAUAUAAAAGUAUUACAGGGGAUACAGCAAUCACGUUUGUAUCAACGGGAGUAGAAGGAGCCUUUGCUACAGAAGAGCACCCCUAUGCAGCACACGGACCUUGGUUACAAAUCCUAUUGACUGAAGAGUUUGUAGAGAGAAUGCUGGAAGAUUUAGAAGAUCUGAAUUCUCCAGAGGAAUUUAAACUUCCAAAGGAGUACAGCUGGCCUGAAAAGAAACUGAAAGUUUCCAUCUUGCCAGAUGCCGUGUUCGACAACCCGCUGCAUUAGAGCUGAAUUACACCCUUCUAACAACUGGGAGAGCCAAGUUGCUGUCCAUUACCCAGUGACUCACAGGAUAAUUAAUGCAGUAAAAACUCUGCAAAUAAAAGAGUUUGCUGCACAACCACUGCAAACAGAAGAGAAGCUACUCAGCACCAGCCCAGACCGAACUGAGCCCUUUCCUUUAUCCUUCCCAAGGCUGAGCUCUCUGGGAACAGCCUGCGUAUGUGUGAGUGCGAGUGAGAAAUAUUUAACUAUGAAAAUUAGUAGUAAGAAUCCUUUCUCUCUCCUAGCUACAGAACUCCCCUCUGCCUUAGCCCAGGGUGUAGACGCUCCGCACGCCUGUAUUUACACAUGCGUUUCUGCCAGGUGUGAGCCUAUAAUCCAUGGAUUAAAUGUUCUUUACGUGA